UAUAAUUCGUGGUUCAGGUGAAUCCCCUUGUCCAUAGAUUCUCCCUCAAUUGCUAUUGUUGAUUCUUCGCUCUCUUUCAACCUCACUUCCCAAUUGGUUUCAAUACAAUCGCUGGAUGAGCUAAGCUGAUUCUCAACAGGCAGCAAUAUCAUGGUCAACCAUGUUAACGUUGUACGCUCCCAGAGCUGUUGUAAAGUGCCAUUUGUAUCAGGAUUCAGCGCCUGAGCAACAAGCAUAUCCAUCGAAGACCAAUAAUGUUAAUUUCUUAAAUUGUAGCUCUAGUUUUCCUAAACCGUUCGGGAGUCCUCACAGCACUACAUCUCAUAGUUCUCCAUUUUCCCGGAAAUGUGAUAAGCAGCAAAAGAGCCUUCAUAUAUUGCAUCAUGUUGCUACACAUAAAUGGCUGUGUGGGUUACAUGAUUCCAUCUCAUCAGAUGAUGAGUUCCGGUCAUCACGCAAUAUAGCAAUCAGCCUGUUUAGGCGAUACAGAACUUUUGUUGAUCGUGGGGGAGGUGAAAAUCUGAAAGAGUUCAUAGCUGCUGGGGUAAACGCAUAUGCAUUAGGAUGCACUGAUGAAGGGAUAAGAAAGGAACUGAAUGAUAUGAAGGACUCAGGUGUCGAAAUUGAAGCAAUGCGGAGUUAUGGGGGAAGUACAAGUUUGAAAUCCAAGAUUAUCUCAGAGGAACUUAAUGAGUGCGUUCUCUGGCUAAGUAUUGUAUUCAUCACCAUCUUGUGUACGCCCCAACCCACUAUUGUUAGAUGGUCAUCUACACCUCCAGUGUCAGAUGAAGUGAGGCUUCAGUGGAAAGGCUUUUGUGCCCUCAUAGCAAAUGCAUAUUUUAUGAAAGGAAUGGCUUGGCUUCCUGUAAAGACUCUUCAACUAGAGCAAAUGGCUGUCAUGGGGCAAGCUGAGAAGCCAUCAGUUGUUGCAAGCCGAAUGCGAUUAGUCUUUAGCACACUCGAGGUGGUGAGUCCACAGUGGCCAAGAGUGUAGAGCAUAAGAUCUAGUUAUUUCCUCAAGAAUUCGCGCGUUGACUUGAAUUCAUGUUUGGCAGAUGAAGGUCAUUAAGAAAGACAAUAAAGUCGAGCAUGUGGGGCUCAAAAUAUACUGUAUAGUAUAGUCACUCAUGGUGAAACGUUAAAAGAAGGGGAAAAUGAACUUGUGUUGAGAAGGUGUUGGUAUGUUUGAAUGUGGCACAAUCAAGCAGCAUUGUUGCCUGGUUGUGUGGAAGAAUAUUUCAUUGUACAUUAGCACUUAUUAUAUAUAUUAUAUGGCAUACAUGAUACGUUUUAAGUCUGGUA